AUGCUUGGAGCUUUACCAGGCUCGAUGUUAUGUAGCGCAAGACUUCUGCCUUCCAUUUUGACGGCGUAUGAACAAAUGCUAUUGGUCAAACAAUUCCGAGCCGAUGUCUUGAGCGAUUUACCGAUCGAUGAAGAGAAGCUGAUGCAAGCUCUCACAUUACCCAACGCAGUAAUGGGCUACGACUAUCAACAGCUAGAAUUUCUGGGAGAUUGUGUCUUAAAGUUGAUUGCAUCGUGUAUCGUAUUUUGCAAUGAUGGCAUGGCAGGCGAAGGUGCAUUGACGAGAAGAAGGACACAAACGAUCUCAAACGAACAUCUUACUAUGAUCAGUAAAAGAUUACAAGUUGCUCAACAUGUUUUUGGUUCGGAAGCUGUCCCAAAAAACUGGCAAGCACAUGGAGCAUGGCAAAGAUCGGUAAGGAUGUCGGACAAAAUGUCUGCCGAUCUGAUUGAAGCAAUUCUUGGAGCUGCUUGGUCUAGUGGUGGUGAUGCAACCGCUGGUCUUCAAACCGCUUUGGAUUGUUUUAAUAAACUUCAUCUGAUCAGUCAACGUGUCAGUCUCGAAGAUUUUCGUACACGAUUUGAUCUUGUUUGGCUUUAUAAGAACGAGGAGGUACGUUACACAGAUCGAUCUUAUGUCACCCGGAUGGAGUCGACGCUCGGAUACAAGUUUAAACAUACACAACUUGCCAUCGAAGCCAUUACGCACUCCAGCAUUUCCUCAAUUCUUAAACCUUCUUAUGAACGAUUGGAAUUUUUGGGAGAUGCCGUAUUGGAAGUUUGCGUAGUGCAAUUAUUUCAUGGCUUAUUUCCUACAUUUGAUGAAGGAGAGUAUAGUCAUUUAAAGAGUGCUGCAGCUUCAAAUGUCUCACUUGGUGUUGCUUGUUUGAACACCGAACUUUCACGAUUGCUCAUGGAUAAUUGUCCGGCAAUUCAACAGAGCAUCGAGAAGUUUCGCACUCAAGUCAUUUUAGCAAGGACGAAUGCUGAAGAAGAUGGGCAGCACAAUCAGCCAUUCUGGAGUAAUAUUAGCUGUCCAAAGCAAUUGGGUGAUAUUGUUGAAAGUACCCUGGGCGCCGUUUUUGUCGAUUCAGGAUUCGAUUUAGAGGCAUCCCGUAAAGUCUUUAAUCAUCUUUUCCAAACUCACUUUCUCACCUACUUUAACAAAUAA